UCCAAUAUUCUCCCACAUCAAAAAUUUUCCCCUCUGUGUCUGCUUUUCUUUUCUAGGGUUCCAUUUUCCAUAUCUUGAGGUACGCCUUUUCUCUGUGUAUCCACCAAAUUUCACUGUAACCUACUGUAAUCAAUUACUAGUACUGUACUGCUGCUUCUCAUCACUCACUUCGUACCCGUAAUCAUCAAUUUGGUCAUUUCUUGUGAGUUAAUCAGUUUUUUACUGUGGAAAUUGGUGUUUAAUCUGAAGUUAAGAUUUUCUAUUUUUUUUCUCUUUUUUUUCUAGAGAUUAAUAAUGGAUAUGGAUUCACGUUUAAGAGGUUUACUUGAUUCAAUUAAUGGAAAUACUGAGUCGGUUUCUGAUAUGAAUUUCUUUAGGUCAGAAGAGAAUCAUAAUAACAAUAGCCUUGAUCAAAAUUCAAUAGAUCAGAAUCCUAAUUUUAGUGGUAGUAGCAAUAGUUUUGCUGACUCUAGUAUGACUGCUUCAUCCUCAAAUUUUAGUCUUCAAGAAGAUAUUUCUCCGGGGGAAGAAUAUGAUUUCUCAGAUGUAGUUCUUAAGUACAUAACCCAAAUGCUUAUGGAAGAAGACAUUGAAGAAAAGAACUGUAUGCUUCAAGAUUGUUCAGCUCUCCUGGCAACAGAGAAACCCUUUUAUGAAAUUCUAGGCGAGAAGUAUUACCCCCCUUCUCCUCAUCAUUACAAUCCAGAAAGCCAACGCGACAACUCUGCUCGCUACCAUGGUGGUAACAAUAGCAGUAGCAGUGGUACUAGUAGUAACAAUGCAGCUGAAACUAGUUGGGCUGGUGCACUCGGUGAGUACCAACCUUUGUCUCAUACCCGAAGUGUUCCGAGUGAUUAUACUUUCCAGAUGACUCCUCAAUCAUCUUUCAAUCCUUCAAAUGGUUCCAAUUCUGUUAUAGAAGGAAAAGUGGAUUCGCCAGGGGAUAAGGUUCAGGUUCAUGAUGUCUAUUCUGAGAGUGAUUUCAUUUGGCAGUUCAGAAAAGGCGUCGAGGAAGCAAAUAAGUUUCUUCCAGAUGAUACAAACCUGAUUAUUGACCUAGAAAGUAAUAGUUUUCUUAAUGACGAAAGAAACAAAGAAGCCGGUGAUGUUGAGGUGAAGUUGGAGAAGAAGGAUGAGAAAGAGAAUUCGCCGACUGGUUCGAGAGGGAAGAAGAAUCUGUACAGGGAAGAUACAGGUUUGGAAGAAGGGAGGAGUAAUAAGCAACCGGCAGUCUUCUCAGAAGAAACGGUACGAUCAGCAAUGUUCGAUAUGGUAUUGCUCUGUGGGAAUGAAGAAAAAUGUGAUAAAGAAGAUUCAACUCCCCACAAAUCCUUGAAGACUGAAGCAACCAAGAAUUUGCAGCAGAAUGGGCAAUCAAAAGGGUCUAAUGGUGGAAAGCCCCGUGGUAGGAAACAGAAGUCUAAAGGGGAUGUCGUGGAUUUGCGGACACUACUCAUUCACUGUGCACAAGCUGUUUCCGCUGAUGAUCGUAGGACUGCUAGUGAGCUACUGAGGCAGAUUAGACAACAUUCUUCCCCCAAUGGAGAUGGUUCACAAAGGUUAGCCCAUUGCUUUGCUAAUGGACUUGAGGCACGUUUGGCUGGAUCCGGGAGCGAGAUUUACUCAACCCUCCUGCACAAGAGAACAUCAGCAGCUGAUAUCUUGAAAGCUUAUCAUCUCUUUAUGGGUACAGUCCCGUUCAAGAAGAUAUCAAAUUUCUUUGCAAACCAAACAAUUGAUGAUCUGGCUGAUAAGGCUACUACCCUCCAUAUAGUAGAUUUUGGUAUCCUCUAUGGUUUUCAAUGGCCUUGCCUUAUCCAGCGGCUUUCGAAAAGAAAAGGUGGCCCACCUAAAAUUCGAAUUACUGGGAUAGAAUUGCCCGAACCUGGUUUCCGCCCAUCUGAAUUGGUUGAAGAAACGGGUCGUCGGUUAAAAUCUUAUGCUGAGAAAUUCCAUGUCCCAUUCGAGUACCAUGCCAUUGCUCAGAAAUGGGAAACCAUCCAACUCGAGGAUCUUAAUAUUGCUAAAGAUGAAGUUCUUGUUGUCAACUUCUUGUUUCGAGCUAGAAACUUGCUUGAUGAAACUGUUAUAUUGGACAGUCCAAGAAAUGCCGUUCUGAACCUCAUAAGGAAGAUGAAUCCUGAUGUUUUCAUCCAUGGGGUUUCGAAUGGUGCCUACAGUUCCCCAUUCUUUGUUACUCGGUUCCGGGAGGCUUUCUUUCACUUUUCAUCUUUGUUUGAUGUGCUUGAUACAAAUAUUCCCCGUGAACAUCCCGAGAGGAUACUGAUCGAGAGAGACAUCCUCGGGAAGGAGGCUUUGAACAUUAUAGCAUGUGAAGGAUCACAGAGGGUUGAGAGGCCAGAGACUUAUAAACAAUGGCAGGCAAGGAAUACGAGGGCUGGGUUCGUGCAACUCCCACUGCACAAAGAUAUAAUGAAGAAGGCGAAAGAAAGAGUGAAAUCAGACUACCACAAGGAUUUUAUUGUAGAUGCAGAUAGCCAGUGGAUGCUGCUGGGAUGGAAGGGGAGAAUUCUCUUCGCCCUUUCUUCUUGGAGGCCCGCGUAAGAUUCUUUUCUUUUGUUGCACUACUGUUCAUGUGGAAGAGGUAAUCUGUUUUUUGGUUUAAGUUACAGUCCCUCAUAAAUCUUAUGUUCUGCUAAUCUUCUUCCUUUAUGGGAUCUAGACGGCAUAGUUUGAUCAAUCCGUAAAUGAAAGAUAAACUCACACGAGUUUAAAACACCCCAAUAUAAAAAUGCAAUGUAAAAAAAUGAAAAUUUGAUUGCACUGAA